CCUUGCAACAUUUCAAGAGGCUUCAUGAGAAGUUGGUGGAGACUGUGCCACCAGAAGCCUCAGACAAGACACACAUCAUAGUAUUAACUGGAGAAUGUACAGCAUACAGGCACGAUACGGAUAGGGAGUUGAUUUUCAGACAAGAUCACCUGUUCAUACCUGAAGAGGAUCCAUUGGAGGUAUUAUGGUCCCCGGCACCACCAAACCUCGCUCAAGCCCGCGACCUAUACGAUGCGACGAACAUCGGCUUUAGCAAAGACUUUGCAACAUCCCUAGCCACUGUGACAAGCAAUAUUACCAAUCAUAUGAUACAUAUACUUCCCUCUUCUCCCCUCUUUCCAUCUCAAUCCGCAGAUGUCAUGAGCUAUCUUGGUUCAGCUACAAGCCAAUAUCUAUUGGACGCUUUGCAUCAAGUGCGCCUCAUUAAAGAUGAAUAUGAGAUCGAACUCAUCAAGAAGGCUAAUGAUAUCUCGUCUCGAGCUCAUGAACACGAACAGUAUCACCGAACAGAACGCUCCAACUAUGCCUUCCCAAUGGAGAAUAACAAAGGAAGCUGA